AUGCUUAUUCCUCGCCCCAGUGAUGACCCUCGAGACCCUUUGAAUUGGCCUAUGAGAAGGAAGAUUCUCAUUGUUGCAACCUUAUGCCUCGCAACAUUUGCAGGUUUCUCGGGUGGCCUAUCUCUGCAACUGGUUCCAGCGCCUCAGUCGAAGCUAUAUGGGGUGACAACUACUCAGAUGGCGUACCAGAAUUCAUGCGCACAAGGAGGCAUGGCCGGAGGCGGCUUUCUGUUCUUCCCACUUGCCCGCAAAUUUGGUCGCAGCUCAGCGAUAUUUUGGUCCCUGUUCGGACUCAUGGCAUCUCAGAUUUGGGCAGUAUGCAUGACUUCCUCGGGGGACUACUCGAGCUAUCUCGGCUCGCGAUUCUUAGCGGGCUUUUUUGGGACUGUCACAGGCAUCCUAGGUCCAAGAAUUCUGAUCGAUAUGUUCUUUCUCCAUCAAAGAGGAAGAGCAUUCACAGCGUUCCACUUCUGGUUUGAUUUCGGCACCGUUGCUGGACCUACUGUAGGAGCUUUUGUGGCUUCUGGAAGGUCUUGGACUGCAACUGUGUGGUAUGCAUUUGCACUCGCCACAUUUGCUUUCAUUAUGUGCUUCUUCUUCCUGCACGAGACUGCCUGGGACAGAGAACUUGGUGCAAUUAAUCAAACCCCCCCGAAAGGCUUCGUAGCAAACAGGAUUGCCACGUUCUUUCCUGGAACAAAAGUCGCUCCAGCUAUCAGUUGGCUCGGAUUUCUCGAGGUGGCAGGCCGUCCUUUUAUUGUAGCGUUCACACCCGUUACCAUAAUCCUCGGGUGCUUCACGCUCGUCUCCUUCGGCAUGUAUGUCGCCAUGAACUCCAUCACACCAGUCUGGCUUCAAAAGCCCGAGAAAGUCGGCGGCUACGGGUUCACCUCCCAUCAAAACGCACUUUUUUCAUUCACACAUUGGAUCGGCGUCUCUUUAGCAUGGCUAUACGGCCAACUCGUCUCCGACCGCCUACCCCUCUGGAUCUGUUCCCGCCGCGGCGGAACCUGGAAGCCCGAAUACCGCCUCCACGCCCUCUGGUUCCCAGCCCUACUCUGCAACCCCAUCGGACUUGGUGUCUUCGGCUUAGCGCUACACUCGCACCUCCACUGGAUCGUGCUCGCCGUUGCUCAAGUCCUGGUAACAUUCGGCUCCCUUUCCUGCACACCUAUCACCGUCAAUUACGCAUGUGAGAUCUUCACUCCUGCUCCGGCUGAGGUGGCGAUUAUCUUGAACCUGUAUCGGCUUGCGUAUGGGUUGAGUAUCGCUUUUUACAUCAAUCCGUGGGUGGAUUUGAUGGGGUUUAAUUGGGCGUAUGGCAUGAUGGCUUUUUUGCAGGCGACAAGUUUUGGGUUCGUGGGGUUGUUGAUGUGGAAGGGGCAUGAGAUUCGGGAGUGGAAGUUGGGAGGCUUGUUGAGGAGUGAGGAGGGUGAGUGUGUUAUUGAUGAGAAGCAUUCUGUGGGUGUGGAAGCGUAG